UAUAUAUUUUCAAAAGCGUAAUGAAGAAUAAGCAUGUUACCAUUUUACAGCAGAAUGUUUUGCUAGAGAUCAGAUGUGCUUUAGUACUUUAAUAUUUCUCCCUUCCAUGAGGUGGUGUUGGUUACACAGGAUUGUGUAAAGAAUUGGUGUUAACUCUGAGCAUGGGAAUAAUAAUCUUUCUUCCAGGAGAAUUCUUAUGUUUCACUCACCCAUAUAUAGCCCAUAAUAGUUUUCGUGCCCUGCAGAAUUUUGCAUUCAGUUUUCCCAGUCAAGGUAACUAAACUCCUUACGGUUUUCUUUCAUCAUUCCGUGUGAGUUACACUUUAUAUGUGAGAGUUUUGCUGGCACUUCUAAACCAGCAUAGCUUUAAAGGUGUCACAAGAUGAUGGUUAAUUCAAGAAAAGCUUGUGGUUUAAAAAAAAAAAUGCUUCCUUUUCAAGUCAUUAACUUCUCUCAUCGAAAUGGCUUAACUAAAUGUUUUGCUUGUUUGUAUUCUCUGUGUAAUGUGGUUUUUCUCUUACCUGAAUUAUUGAAGGUACUGUGUUGGCAGCAGUCCGAGUUACCCUUAGAGUGUAACUUUAAACAGGUGGUUUAUAAAACGUUAGGUAGGUGCAACUGUAUCAGCUUUCAAGCAGAUUACAUUGCCUAGACUAGGGGUUUGCAUGAACCAAGACAUAACCAUACAGCCCACAGUAAAAUGUCUCAAACUGUUUUUCACAUUAUUUCCCACCCCAUCACCCAGUGAAACUGGUAAAAAGACGAGAAUGGAGAACCGGAAGGGUAAACCGGUGAUCAUCGCUUCUGUCUGUGGUGGUGGUGUGAAUGCACUUUUGGUUUGAGUAGCAGGUGAAAUUGUUGAGAUUACUUGCUGUACAUUAGGGGUAAAGAGGAAUGGAUGUGAACAGGUUUGCUGUAAUGCUUUCCUAGACUGAUUUCUUUUUUUUUCUGUGUUACUUCUCCACAACAAGAUAAAGGCAUGCAGGGCCUAUGUUUUAUAGGAAUUGCAUAUUAAUGUUUCCUAUUGCAAUGUGUAACUACUUUGUUGGUUUUUUCAUUUGCAGAGUCAACUGUUCAUUUUAUUUCAAAAUUGGAGCUUGUCGUCAUGGAGACAGAUGUUCUCGGUUGCACAACAAACCAACAUUUAGCCAGGAAGCGAUGCUGUUGUAAGCUUGCCUGUAGUAGAGACCAACCAGUGCUAACUUUCAGACCAUCUUGAUUCAAAACAUCUAUCGUAACCCCCAAAACAGUGCACAGACGGCUGACGGCUCACACUACCAUUGCCCUCUUGAACAUUUACCGUAACCCUCAAAACUCUUCCCAGUCUGCUGACGGUUUGCGCUGUGCUGUGAGCGAUGUUGAGAUGCAGGAACAUUAUGAUGAAUUCUUUGAGGAGGUCUUCACAGAAAUGGAAGAAAAAUAUGGUGAAGUUGAAGAGAUGAACGUUUGUGAUAACCUUGGAGAUCAUCUAGUUGGAAACGUAUAUGUAAAGUUUCGCCGUGAAGAAGAUGCAGAAAAGGCUGUGAUUGACCUGAACAAUCGCUGGUUUAAUGGACAGCCCAUUCAUGCUGAGCUUUCACCUGUGACUGACUUCAGAGAGGCCUGUUGCCGUCAAUAUGAAAUGGGCGAGUGUACACGAGGAGGCUUCUGCAACUUUAUGCAUUUGAAGCCCAUUUCUCGAGAGUUAAGGCGCGAGUUGUAUGGGCGUCGUCGUAAAAAGCAUAGAUCCAGGUCGAGGUCCCGUGAACGUCGGUCUAGAUCCAGAGAUCGUGGUCGUGGAGGUGGUGGUGGUGGAGGAGGAGGACGUGAACGUGAUAGGAGGCGGUCAAGAGAUCGUGAAAGAUCCGGUCGAUUCUGAGCCAUGCCAUUUUUACUGUAUGUCUGCUAGAAAGUGUUGUAGUUUGACCAAACAAGUUCAUAAUGAGAUUUUUUUUAAAAAGAUGGGCUUCUGAAUAAAAAAUUUGUAGUGAUACAGUAUUCUUUGUGUAACUUGUUUCUUGUGGGGGGAGUCUUUUUAACUGUCAUUCCUCUUAAUUGACAAAUUACCUGGAUUAACUAUGCCUGAGGGAAAGGUGGUAAAUGUAUUGGAGGAGCGCCAGUUUUGGGUUUGGGUUUGGUUUGGGGUUUGGUUUUUUUUUUUUUUCCUUUAUUUGGAUAUAAUUUGAACUGUUGAUGAAAAUGUGUGUGUAUAUAAUAUAAAAUAUUAUAUACAUAGUAAAAAAAUAAUAUACUGCUUAAGAAACAGUUACUCACAUAAGUUUCCCUUUUCUGCUAUGCUGUCUGCUUAUUUAGGUUAGUUUAGGCACAUUUAAAAGGAAGGCUGUGCAAAAUGCAUUUAUUUACCAAGUAGAAGCGCUUAGUUACAAAAAUGUAUGUUUGUUUGUUACCAGAAGUCUGUGCUCUGUCUAUCAAUGUGACUGUGGCAUUUACAAUAAAUCCAAUUUCUUGAUGUAAAAUCUAAAGCCUAUUUUAUAAGCACUCUGGAGUAGUUGAAUUGCUACUGUGCCAGAGUUCAUAGUUUAAAUUUUUUUUAUGAUUCUUGACUAAAUUCCUUGUCUUUGGCUGGAAGGAAAGCUGCCUAGUGCAGUGGGGGAAAAAAAGUAGUAUUUUUUUAUUGCAAUAAUUCAUAAUAGGCAGGUAAGGGGUUUUUUUGGUUUUUCUUUUUUUAAGAAAAUUUAUGUUCUGUGCAACACAAUACAUAGCAUCUAUCGAAGGAAAUGCAAGGUCUGAAAUAAAAGGACCAAAUUUCUCUAGGACUGAAGAGGGGUUUUUUUUUUUUUUCACUCUAUGUUCUCUUAGCUGUCAUUUCAUGAAAAACAUUUUGUUAGUGUUCAAGGUCAUAGGAAACUAAUUGGAAACUAGUGCAAAAUAAAUCUCUUUUCCACGUUUACUCACUGAUAGCCUGAAGUGUGAUAAAAGCCAAUGGAUAGAUGGCAGUUUCUUCACAAACAAGACAUCUUUUUCUAUCUGAAUUUUAAUUGAAUUACAUAAUAGCUGUAUAUUUUAGGUUUUGUAUCUCUUAAGGAGUUCAAGCUCUAAAUGAAAUGCUGCUGGAACAUCUUGAGAGACAAUUUGUACAGUGGCUGACUUGCAGUUUAACUUCAUGUCUGCUUUUAUUCAAAGUGGAAGAUAGUAAGAAAUUCUGGUCAGUGGUCAUAUUUCUGCAAGAUACAACUUGAUGUACAUGAAGCUGCAUAAUAGAGCUUUCCAGAGGAGGAGAGAAUUUACUAGCCCUUUCUUAGUUCUGGGUCAGAUAACUUGCUAAAUUAUAAAUUUGCUCCUUGAUUAUUACUAUUCUUAAAACAAAAAAACAUAGCCAGAUUAACAAACCAGCUUCUCUCUGCCUCCAAAGUAAGCAUAAAACUGUUUUGCUCACUGGAACUUGGAGUUGGCAAACAAAAUAAUACUGAAAAAAGAGCUGUUCUAAAUUAAUCUGCUUUGCCUCUUACAACUGAAUUCUUGCACCAAUUCUAUUUGAAUGUAUCUUACUCAUAUUUGAUGGCUUGGCCAGUGAGAUCAUGGAACUUACUUUGCCAGUAACCUCUUUAAAGAAACGUAUCACUCUGAAGUUGGCUUCACUGCUUAUGUUUUGUUGCAAGUACAUAAAUGAAAAUAUCCUUUUUUUUCACUGAAGAAAUUGAGCAGUGCCUGUGGUAUUUCUGCUAGGCAUUAGGAAUUUAACAUUGAUAAUUCAGUUCUUGCAGUUUACAGGAUAUGAAUCCAGUUCCCUUUCCUCUUCAGUGAGAUGUAGGAUUAUUAAUGAGCUAAUUUAAAUCUCAAGCUCAAAAAGGUGAGGACAGUAUUUCUGGUUUUCAAAUCAGUAUCUAGUGUAAUGUGGGUACUGUUCAGAAAGGUUUGAGAUUGUUUUCACAUAGAUUAAUGACACAAGCUGAUUUGCUCUAUAAACAAGUUAGUUUUAAACUACUAUAAAUGUGUCCCUGUAAUGGCUUUCAUCUGUUUAAACCCUGUUAAACUGCAGGUAUAUUUUUAUGUGAACAGAUAGCAGAAGAUUGAUUUCUCCCCCUCACCCCCAAUACAGUAUUUCUUUAAAAAAAGCCAACUUGAAUUCCACCAAAUGCAUCACUUUAUGGUCUGAUUGCACAGCUGCCCAAAAGUUAACCAUGUAACUGGAAUAUGUCGUAAUGGGCACUGAAAGCAAUGGGUUUUGCUGGAUGCUUGAAGGAAAGAAACUUGUGCAUCAAUCAUUACCCGAUCGUGUAAUGAUUACCUAGUGACAGCAUUCAGCAUAUAAACUAAGCUCAUGACCUAGCUUCAAUUAGUAUACAGUCUUAAAAGAUGAAUCUGCCAGUUAAAUUCGUCAUAUUUGAAGUUUAAACUGCACAAAUUUCAUUAAAUACACAUUGAAGUCCAAACUGUAUUGGCUUUACCAAUACAAAACCAAGUGGAAAUCCUACCUCUACCUUCUAUUGUUGUUCAUAAUGUCUUAGAGUAAGAAUAUUUCCCCCCACCCCUUCCUCCUCAAGGUACCUACUUCUCACAAAUAUUUCAUUGUGAACUCUUCUAUAAACAGUAGAUCCUAAUUUAUGGAAUUUCUUUGCCUCAAAUAAGUGACAGCAUACAGUAUUUUCUGAAGUCUGAGUCAAUUAGGUUGAAACUGUUAAUCCCAAGUGGCUUCCUCUUCUUUGUAUUUGGCUCUUAUUCUGUGAAAAUGCUGCUUGUCCACGAAUAUGAUGUAUGUUGAGACUGUAAAACCAAAUGGAGAAAACUUGCUCAAAAUAAAGCCUUUUUUAAAUAAGAA